AUGCUUCAAAUCAUUAUUCUCGUUUUCAUUGGUUGGCUUUUAGGAUUGGUGGAGGGACAAUGCUAUAGUUAUGAGGGAGUUGAGAUGGAUCCGACAUAUAAGCCAUGUAAUGGUUCAGCACCCGUCAGCAUGUGCUGUCAUCUGGGAGUCAUCAACAACGGAGGAGAUGAAUGUGGCUCUGGAUCUACGUACGGUCUUUGUGGUAUAAGUGGGACGCAACUUUGGAGAGAAUCGUGUACAGAUAAGACAUGGCAGUCUCCGCUGUGUUUGCGAUUGUGUGUUGGAGCAAACGAUACUGAGAUCACGGCAUGUCCAAAUGGUAGUUAUUGCUGCGGGAAGAAUGCAGCCGAUUGUUGCAACGCGAAUGAAGGAAAAUUCAUAGUCAAUAACCAAGUCUCGGAUAUAGCAGCGGGAGAUUCUUUGAGCUCUCAAACUUCCCAAACUACAGCUUUAUCUACAACGCCAACCAGCAUACAAGCGUCGGAAUUUACGUCAUCCACUACUUCUGGAAUGCUAUCAGCUGUAGUACAAACAAGCACCGUCCAGGCAUCAGUCUUAAUUUCAACUGUUUACCAACCUUUACCGUCAUCAACCUCGACGACCCCCUCCUCCUCCUCAAAUACAACCCAGUCUUUAUCAACAGGUGCAAGGGCUGGGAUAGGAGCAGGUGCUGGGGCCUUCAUUGUGCUAAUAUCCUUAUUCGCAUUAUUAUUGUGGAAGCGAAAGCACCCCAGGAGCAGGUUGUCUGAACUUCCAGCUACAGAAACCAAGCCAACAUUCUUCAACCCCAGAAGGAGACUGAGGCAUGUAGAUAUAGCAGAAGCAGAUGGUACACCUUCAAGGGCAGUGGAAGUUCAUGGAAACGAACGGCGAAUCGAGCCUACGGAGAUGCUGUGA